GCAUCGACGAGUACACGCCGAAAUAAGACGAUAUAUCGCCAUCACGAACGCGGAUACGUUUAGCUGUGUAAUAUUCAUUAUAUUAUGACGACGUACGUGGCGAUGGCCUGCUGCACCGUGGCACUGAUCGCGUCCCUUUCGCUCGACAACGGCGUCCGGAGUUUGGGGUUGGCGUCCGCCAGCAGAGGGGGACCGCCACCGAUGCCGUUACGGUUUUCAUCGGCGACUCAGGAUCGCAAAACUUAUCCGGAACCGACUUACGACUCCACGGGCGACGACGAUGACGACGGUGACGACGACGGCGAUGACGACACGGCUAAUACAGAAGACGACAGCAGUAAAGAGGAACGCGAAGAUCAGCUGGACCAGGACGAUCCAGUGAGCACGGUAACGGUGACUGCCGUUCGUGGUUCUGUUGCUUGGUUGCCGUGUGACAUAGGCGGUGGUAAUAACGAUGGUUUGCCAAAACAACCAGUAAGAGUCACAUCGACCGGAGGUGGAGAGGGAAAUACUAAGGACUUGUCCAACACGAUCGAAGACCGAGCGUACAUGGUGCUGUGGUUCAAACACCAUUCGGUGACAAUCCGUCACCGAAAUAGUAAAUCAAAAAAUAAAAAAAUUUGGUCAGGAGGAAAACCUCUUUACAGUUUCGACGUGCGUGGAAGACCGUUAGCUCACGCGUUGAAAUGGUCUUCGGACGAGGAGAGCGGAGGGUUCGGGCCCAGGGCGUCGUUUGUGGUGUUCGGCGGCAGUAGCGGCGGCGGUGGCGGCAAUGGACGAGGAAAAUGGUCGAAACAGCGUACUUUGCUGUUGGAUGAUUACAAUGGUGGCCUGUACGACAACAGCAGCAAAGCAGCACUCAAAGUCACCAACGUGACAGAACAGGACGCAGGGGCUUACAGGUGCCGAGUAGAUUUCCGCGACUCACCUACCCGGAACUAUCGAAUAAUCCUGAGAGUCAUAGUACCACCUGAUAAAAUGACAAUCGCUUAUAACGGAAUAGGAACGGAAAUGGACGGUGGAUCGCAUCACACCAUCGGUCCAGUGCCGGAAGGCGGCCGAUUGGUAUUGGAGUGCCGAGUUCAAGGAGGGAAACCCAAGCCACGGGUGCAAUGGUAUUCCGCGGACGGCAAAGUCACCUCUUCGCUCGGUACUGGAAGAAUCGUGGAUCUGACAGAGGAAGUAUCUUACGGAAACGAAAACGACGACGAAGAAACAACAACCAAAAGUCUUGUAAUUCAUCAAUUGAAUCGAAGUCAUGCUAAUAGUACAUACACUUGUCUGGCUGGAAACGACGACAACACCAUGCAAUCAAAUCUCCGAAUGACAGUGCUGAUAAACAUGUACCUGAAUGUGAAAAGUGUACGUAUUGUCGGCAUACAUCCAAUAGAUGAAUCGGAGAACACGGUUAAUUAUAACGAAGACAGUAAUAAUGACGGAGUUGUACAAGCAACAAAUCUUAUAUCUGGUAAGUGGUAUACGGGCGAAUGCUGGGCCGAGGGUGCAAGUCCUAAGGCUACGAUAGAAUGGUCUAUUGACGGAAACGGCACGUUAGCUGACGAAAUACCUUCAUCUCCGACCACGGCUCGUAUAACAGUAAUGGAACAAACCGAACAUAGCAGUAGGAUACGAUUGAGGCCUACGCCGAGUGACGAUGGUCGAUAUUUACGAUGCCGAGCUUGGAACCCUGAUAUUAAUACUACGAAAGAUAAUAUUAAAAAUAAAGCUUUAUUACUUAACGUCCAAUAUCCGCCUAUAGUUAAAUUGAGUUUGGGCCACACAUUCGACCCGAGUAGAAUCAAAACGGGAGACGACGUGUACUUCGAAUGCAAGGUGUUGGACGGCAGCGGGAGCAGAGGAAAACAACGUAAUCGCAUUGAAUGGUAUCACAACGGUCACCCGAUCUUGCAAAACGGCAGUAGCAACGGUAGCGUCAGCAUCGACUCGGAAAUCAAAGUCGUUCUUUUGAGCGCCGGCACUUUGGUCAUAAGGAACGUGGGCCGCCGACAUUCCGGUCGGUACACGUGUCAGUGUAAUAACGACCUGGGAAUGGGACGGUCACGACCGGUCACCCUCCGCGUCCAAUACGCUCCCGUUUGCGCGGACGACGACAAUCAACUGCAAUUGGUGGGCGUGGAAGCUAAUGAAAACCACGUCCGCAUCGUGUGCCGUGUAAGAGCCGACCCGGCCGACGACCGUGUGCAAUUCGAGUGGCUCGUGUGGCCGGGCGCUGCGGCCGCGGCCACCGGUGAGCUGCACCAGCAACAAUCGCCGAGCGUGGUGGCCACCGGAAGCUACGUCACCACCGCGCUGCCCAACCAGCGGAACGACACGGCCGUCGGCGAGCUUGUACUUCCGGCCACGAACGUCGGUGUUCCGGACGUGGUCCAGUACGUGGACAGAGCGCCGCACGUCAAGAAACCCAUCGUGCUAGACACGGUCAGCUGUCGGGCCACCAACGCCGUCGGCCGUCAGCAGAACCCUUGUUUGUAUCACAUAAUACCGGCAUCUCCUCCGGGUCCAUUGACUGGCUGCGCGAUUCGAUUGCCCAAAGAUCAAGAACGCCACGCCGGCACCGGUAGUAGACAUCACCAUCAUCAUCAUCAACAGCAUCAUCAUCAGCGACGCACUUCGUCCGCCCACGACGGAGUGGAAGACAAAGACUUGGCAACAAUAAGUUGUACUUUAGACAACGACGGCGGAGUUAGGCCGGUGACUUACUCGUUGGAGAUUUACGAGAGCAAUGAUUUGACCACAACGUUUCACGGAUCAUCCUACGCGACGGCGGACGACAACGACGACGACGUUCGACGCAAUAAAUAUCGCGGUGAAUGGCUCGCGGACAACGUGACGGGCACCGCGGCCGCGUCGAUGGCGGGCGGCGGUUCGAUCGAGUACCGCGUCAACCGCAAGAACCUGCGGCUGAGAAACGGCCCGGACGACGGUCGAAAACAUUUGACCCUGUCGGCGUACGCGGCCAACCGCAUGGGCCGCGGCCCGCACACGUAUUUCGGUAGCGACAACGUGAUGCUGUUGAGGCACCCGUGGUGGUGGCGUGGCGAGUCGGCAUACGAGAGCAGUACGAGGGCCGCCGGUCCGUCCGGCACAUCGUCCACCGAAUGGUGGAUAAUGUUGAGCGGCGGUGGCGACGACGACGACGACCGGCGGAGCAAUGCGUCGAAUGGCCGCGGCAAAAACACCACAGCGACCAGCGUGAUAGUGUUGGCUUCGGUAGCGGCCACGUCAGCGAUAGUCAUCGCGGCGGCGUUUCUGCUGUGGAGACGGCGGCGGGACGGCGGCAGAUCGCCGACGAUUACGGAAACCGCAGCGAUAGCGUCCAACGACCGGGCAACGUGCGGCGGCGGCGGCGGCGGCGACAAGACCGGUGAAAAAUAUUCGCUGCUCUCACGUCGAACGCAGCAGCAGCAGCGAAACGUCUACCCGAAUCUGACCGGGUCGGACCGCGAUCGCGAUCCAACCGAUCCCGGCGAUCCCGCGCCCGACAUAAUGAUCCAACAAAACUACGGCAAACAGUUUUUGGUGUCGAUCGUGAACCGUGGCAUUCCCGGCCCCGAGAGUUGCGUGUGAACGACAACCUGUUAAAUAUAUCAUAAUAUUAAUAAGUACCUAUCAUUAUAUUAUAUACCACCCAUACCUUGUUACCUUGUUCACUAUAUUAUAU